AUGUAUUGCCCUGUUUUCUCUAGGUGUGUUGUGGCCGGAGCCGUCAUCAUUGCGUCGGAGUGGAGUUGCCGUGGCAGCCCUGACGGGGCGCAGGAGGAGGGCGGCGAUGGAGAGGCACUGGGUGACGGGGCAGACCGUGGAUUGGAUGGCGACCCCGAGGGAGUGUGGAGUCCAGAUAUUGAGCAGAGCUUUCAGGAAGCUCUGGCCAUCUACCCUCCCUGCGGCAGGCGGAAGAUCAUACUCUCAGAUGAGGGGAAGAUGUAUGGUCGAAAUGAGCUGAUAGCUCGCUAUAUAAAGCUACGAACAGGGAAGACACGCACACGCAAACAGGUCUCUAGUCACCUGCAAGUCUUGGCCAAGAGAAAGUCUCGUGAGAUUCAGACUAAGCUCAAGGCCAUGAACUUGGACCAAGUAUCCAAAGACAAGGCACUGCAGACAGUAGCCAACCUCUCAUCAGCUCAGAUUGUGUCUGCGAGUGUAAUGAAACCCCAGACUCCCUUCCCUCCACCAGUCAGAUUUUGGCCCGGCCCUAUGCCAGGACAGCCUGGACAUUCUCAGGACAUCAAGCCCUUUGCACAGCCGCCGUACACGACACUACCAGCCCCUGUCCCCGCUCCCAUCAGUUAUGAGCCCCUGCCACCCCACCGCCCUGCCGCUAUAGCAGCUCCUGUAUGGCAAGACAGAACCAUCGCCUCCGCAAAACUACGGCUUCUGGAGUUCUCCGCUUUUAUGGAGAACCAGAGAGACAGAGAGACGUAUAAACACCUUUUCGUACACAUUGGCCCAUCGAACCCGAGCUACAAUGACCCCGUUUUGGAGUCCAUAGACGUGAGGCAGAUUUACGACAAAUUCUCUGAGAAGAAGGGAGGCCUGAAGGAGCUGUAUGAAAAGGGGCCACACAAUGCGUUCUUCCUCGUCAAGUUCUGGGCGGACCUGAGCAGUGACGUCGAGGAGGGUUCAAGUGCGUUCUAUGGUGUGAGCAGUCAGUACAGUGGAACAGAAAACAUCACCAUCAGUGUCUCAACAAAGGUCUGCUCCUUUGGUAAACAGGUGGUGGAAAAGGUUGAGACGGAAUAUGCCCACAUGGAAGGAGGAAAGUACGUGUUCCGCAUCCACCGUUCGCCCAUGUGUGAAUACAUGAUCAACUUCAUCCACAAGCUCAAACACCUGCCUGAGAAAUACAUGAUGAACAGUGUACUGGAGAACUUCACCAUCCUACAGGUGGUGUCCAACAGAGAAACUCAGGAGACUCUGCUGUGCAUCGCCUUUGUGUUUGAAGUAUCCACUAGUGAACACGGUGCACAGUACCACGUUUAUCGACUGGUUAACGACUAGCAGCACGUUGUGUGCAUGCAGAGACUCUCCACAGACUUGUUACUACAUAGAGUAUAAACACUAUUUCAAGCUCAAACACACAGCAACCCCCACUCCUCUACUCUAAACACAGACCAACAGUCCCACUGUAGUCACACCUGUUGUUUAAUGUGUAUGCAUUUCCAAUCUCUCCUCAACAUCCCAUGACUUAAAGGUCCCAUAUUGUAGCAAGUGACAUUUCCGUGUUAGUUUUUAUUACAACACUGGUUUGGGUCAUGUAUGAAUACUGUGAACAUAUCAAAGCGCACAGUUCCACGGAGAAAAGCACACAGCCUGUAUUUUGACACUGUGCCUUUAACAUAAGCUGUCGGGACAUCUGUAACUUUGUGAUGUCACAAUGACAAAAUCACUUGUCUUCAGCCAUGCCCCCAGCACAGUCCAUUUGGACCAGCCAGAGCAAUUUAGUCUGAUUUUGACUCUUUGUUUAGCUCAUUUCAGGGCUGAUCGUUGCCAUUUGCAAUUACCAGGGAGAUUUAACAAGCUACAGCAGUAGGCUGCAAUCAUCACCUGUCAUUGGCCAACGGUCACCGACCUGUUGUUGCCAGAGCUCCAGAGAGAGAAGUGUAUGGGAAGAGGUGUAGAACCACAUUGACAUGGUUUUUGGUACUCAAAACUACAAAUAUAUCUACUUAUGGAUAAAACAAAGCAAUGGUUUGUAAAGUAAGUGUAAAAUAUGGGACCUUUAAUCACUUUGGGACCUUCAAACACUAAAGUGAAAUGUACUUUUUUGUCAGUGUCAUUCUUUGCCUAAUUAUCAUGAAGUGUUUUGAUGUUAUCCAGUGUAAUUAUUUAGUCACAGAAAUGUCAGUGCACAUCUCCCAAUGUCAGACUCGAAAUAUCAGUUCAUUAGACAUAUUGUUUUGUUUUUUAAAAAGCAAAAUCAAAUUUACCAAUUAACAUGGCACUCAGCAGAGUGUAUUCCUCCGCCAAGGCCAAACCAUCCUACACGUCUGUCCAGCUUAAAAUAUGAUGUUAAAGGGAAAAAAAGGAAGAGGUAUGGUUGCCGGUCCUGCACCAGAAUCUCUUCCGUGGCCCGUCCUUCAUCCCUCCACCAAGUUUUGUGCAAAUUGGUUGCACAAUUGGUUUUGUGGAAUCGUGUUGACAAAUACCCAAACAAAUUUAACAAACCUAGAAUGGCACUCGGUAGAGCACAUAGCUCUGCCUAGGCCCGACAGUCCCCACAUUCAAAUCCACUGGAUCCACAUUUUUAUUUGGAUCCACACAAAAUUGCACAAACUCAUAAGAUUAUAAAUUCCCUAAAUAUGCCAGAUGUUUUUGUUUUUUUCCAUCAAGAUCCUUGAAUUAUUCUCUGGGAAUGUCAUAUCUCAUAUCUGGCAAUACUAAAGAAUGAUAACAAAAUCCUGGAUCCACCCCUUGUGUCGGGAUCUGCGCCAAAAUGAAAUGGGUUCUUUCUCGGCCCAUGUCCCAUCCAUCCAUGUAGUUUUAUGGAAGUCCGUUCUGUCGUUGAUGUUUUUGUUUUUGCUUAAAUUUUACAUGCAUAUACAUUUUUGUCAUAGGUGUGACCAAUGUGAGACGAGUUUGAAUAUUGGUCGACAGACAAAUGAUUUAGCCAGUGUUUAUGUUAACCCUGCCACGAUGACUUUCUCUCCAGUUUAUAUAUUGUCUCUGUACAGUAGGAAUUGAUUGAGCCUAUAACGGUGCAUCUACUUUCACUGCUAAGAGUAGAGUUGUGAUCUCCAGUAUGUUUAAUCAAAAGAUCAUGUGACAAGAGUAUGAGCGUGCCUCUUCUCAGAAUAUAACACACUACUUGUAAAGACGCAAGUCGUAUUUAUAUUUAAAACAAAGUGUCAAAGUGUAAGAGAGAACAGUCAUUUCAGCUGUUUCAAAAGGUUUCCAGUGGUACUCGGCGUGAAGGGAAAGGUUUUGAUCAAAUGUUAGUGGAGGUGUUGAAAAGGUUUUGCUCACUUGUCUUUGGAAACAACAAAAUAGUACACUAACCGUUUCACAUUCAGUUCACGCUGGGGUGUCGGCUGCUCUCUGAAUGAAAGAACUACCCUUCACUGUUCAAGAACACGACAACAGUUUUUUUACUCUCGACUGUGUGGGCUCGCUGCAGUAAUUCUACCUCCACGUGAGUUGGGAUAAGAAUGUGCUUUGGUUCAUAAAGCCUUAACCAGAGGAGCACUGAUGUAUAGGAUGUGUACACUACACUUUGUAAUGGUACUGUUUUAUAAGCCAAAACAUGUUAAAUAGACUUGUUUUUGUAAAGAUGAACUACCGUUUUUUUGUUUUGUUUUUUAUUCUACCAGCACAGUUAGAAGUGUUAAACUAAACAUCUUAAAUGAUGGGUGUGUUUUUUUCUUUUUUUUUUUGAUGAAUGCAAAAUGAUGUCUGGUACAAACCACACUAAGGUCAUCUACAGUGCACUGGGGUAGGUUUUUGCCUGAUAACACUAACAAACUAUCCAGCUUUCACUUUUUUUCUCCUUUUUUUCUGUGUAAUAUUUUAAAUUUUUUUGGUACACAACUACCAGCAAAAAAAACUUUUUGUAGUAAACUGAAGCUUUCCCGCCCUCUCCUGGCAAGAUCCUUUAUAACCACGUGGAAGGUAACAGUGAUUUGUCUUUUUACUUUGUGUCGUGAAGCUAUGAGCCAAGUGGUUCAGUUUUACGUAAGAUCUGUGUCUUGAUAUUUACCGUGUGGUCAGCCAAAAGUGUUUUUAAUGUUUUUGAGUUGUAGUUCUUUCCUGUCUUGUGUAUUUCUGGUUGGCUGUGCCUCAUCACUCCUUUGUUUAAGUCUGCUCAGUGAAUAAAAUCUGUGCCUUUAUGCUGUACCAAUAAAAUCACACGGUGUUUGCAGAAUCA